CCCCCCGCCCCAUGUCCUCGUGCGCAUCGCGGUCGCUUCCUCUGCUAUAACUCGCCUGCCUACAGCCUGAACACUGAGAGAGAGAGAGGGAGCGAGAGAGAGAUAGAGCACAAGGGGGAGCGAGAGAGAGAGGGGCUUGCUGUUGUUGUAGGACUUGGGGGUUGAGCGCUUCGACGCGGCCUACCCAUCGCUUAUCACACCUUUCAUCACCCUACUUCUGGCUUCGUUAGUGACUGAAAGAGACGCUCGGAGACCACCCACAGUCUGCUUACGCCCUCGAGGGGCGUAGUUGGUUCCGAUCGUGGUUUGGGUUUGCGGGCUGUUGCGGUGGUGGUCUUGUAGGGUGUUGGGGUCUGGAGAUGGGGUAUGACGUGGGAGGGAGGGGGGACUAGGGUGGUGUUGCAUCCAUGGUGAUGUGGGUAUGAUGUUAUGUUUGUCGUUUCCCAAGUUGCAUCUGAAAUGGCGCUUUGUGGCAGAUAAGUUGCAUUGGAGAUCGCUUUUGCUUGGGUGGUAGCUAGGUGUAGGGUUGCUUCUGGUGGGCAUUUGAUUCGCAUCUCGACGCUGACUCAGAAGGAGGUCGGAGCUGAGCUGAUGAGAGUAUUUGCGAACGAAAGCGAGGGUUAGGGGCAGAUGGGAGGCGCAUCGGAGGGUAUAGCUGGCCAGGGAGGAAGGGCAUUAAUCUAUCCGUGCUGGUUGGUUGGUUGGGUGUCGGGAGGGAGUUUGUGCAAGUUCUGAUGAACCAAGAUAAGCAAGUUUAGGAAAAAAAGGAGUUAUUUGAGGAGCGGCAUGCCAAUGCUCGAAGUGUAGGGGAAACAGGAUAGAGCGGGAUGACGAUGAAGUUUUGUGCUUCGGCGUACGGUUGGGGUGUUUGCAGGCGCAGCCGUGUCCGCCUCGGCUGCGUCCAAUGCUGUGAGGUGUGAGCAGGUGGAAUUUGGGGCCAGAGGCAGUGAGGGUGAAAAAACAUGACUUCUAGGGUGCCCAGGAAGUUGGUGGGAAGGGCAAUGAUGGAUUCGAUGAGUAGUAGCGUAGAUGACGACGACAACUCCCUCGAUGGGCGCAGUAGCUCGCAUGGUGAAAGGAGACAGAGUCUUGACUACUCGAAUGCGUAUCACUCUCCUAUCGUUCCGUCUCAUUCUCCUACCGUGCCGAAGACGGACGAGAAGCCUAGACGCAGAAGCACUCGGCCAGUUUAUGCCAGUGGGGAUUUGAUGAACCAUUUUAAUGGUUCGGAUCCAGUACGAUUGGAGCUGACGCGCCUUGAAAACGAAGUAAGGGAUAAAAGUCGCGUAUUGGCGGAAGCCCAAGCAGAGAUCAAAUCUCUCCGACUAUCGGACCGUCAGAAACAAAAAGCAGUGGAUGAGCUCUCUGAUAAGCUAGAGAAAGUGGACGAGAAAUUGAAAGGCACCUUGAUUCUUCUUGACAACAAGAAUCUAGAGAUGAAGAAACUGAAUGAUGAAAGGAAAGCAGCCUUGGCCGCUCAGACUGCUGCAGAGGCAACUCUCCGAAGGGUACACGCAUCACAGAAAGACAACGACAUGCCUUCGCUGGAGGUUAUCUUGGCUCCCUUGGAGGCUGAGUUGAAAAUCGCACGUCAAGAGAUUUCAAAGCUACAAGAAACGAACAGAGCUCUGGACCGGUUGACGAAGUCGAAGGAGGCGGCCCUUAUCGAGUCCGAAAGGGUGAUCAAAGCAGCCGAGGCUAAGGCCUCUAUGGUGGACGAUUUGCAGAACCGGAACCAAGAGCUGCUGAAGCAGAUCGAGAUCUGCCAGGAAGAGAACAAAAUCCUGGAUAAGAUGCACAGGAGCAAAGUGAACGAGGUGGAGAAGCUGAGCGCAACGGUUCGCGAUCUGGAGGAGGCGGUUCUAGCUGGAGGGGCUGCGGUGAACGCUGCUCGGGACUACCAGCGGCAAGUGCAUGAAUUGAUGGAAAUAAAGCGGACGUUGGAGCGUGAACUGGCACGAGCGAAGAUCAGUGCGAACAGAGUGGCUACGGUGGUUGCGAACGACUGGAAAGACGAAAGCGAGAAAGUGAUGCCGGUGAAGCAGUGGCUGGAAGAGCGGCGGUUUUUGCAGGGUGAGAUGCAGCAACUGCGCGAGAAGCUGGCGUCGGCGGAGAGAACGUGCAAGAGCGAAGCGCAGCUGAAGGAGAAGGUGCAGCUCCGGCUGAAGGUGCUGGAGGAGGGGUUGAAGUCCGGGAACGGGACGGUGCGGCGUGGUGCGGGUGCGGGUGGGACGGUGGAAGCAAAGCGAAGCUCGAGCGUGACGAGCAACGGAAGCGUGCGGAAGGGGAGCGGGAGCGAAGAAGGAGCAAAAGUGCUUGCGAACGGUUCCCGAGCUCGGCGGUCUGCGGUAAGCCAGCUGAGGGCGAUGGGUGGGCCGUUGGUGAAGAACGGGCGGUUGACGUCGAAGUCUUUCGAUGGUGGUGGCGGGGGUCGGAGUAGCAGCGGGGGCUCGUACGACGCGGGGGGUAUGGCGGCGCUGAAGCCAUUCACGAACGGGUUUGAGGAGCUGCGGGCAGGGAUAAAGACGGAGAGCAGGAGCUGCAGCGGCGAAGCGGGUGCAAGUCCCGAAGGCGCGAGCGCGCAGGGCGAGGAGGGUAGCGAGGGCGCGAAGGAGGAGGGAGGGGAAGGCAAGGCGGCAGCGGAAUGCGGUGGUGCAGGAGGAGUGGGACGCAGCGGUGCAGCAGGGGAUGCGGGAGAAGGAGCGGGCGACACGGUGUCGGGGGUGCUGUACGAUAUGUUGCAGAAGGAAGUGAUAUCGCUGAGAAGAGCUUCGCAGGAGAAGGACCAAAGCCUGAAGGACAAGGACAAUGCGAUAGAGAUGCUGUCGAAGAAGGUGGACACGCUGGGGAAAGCGAUGGAGGUGGAGGCGAAGAAGAUGCGGCGAGAAGUGACAGUGAUGGAGAAAGAGGUGGCAUCGAUGAGGGUGGACAAGGAUCAGGAACGGAGAAUGAGGCGGCUGAGCAUGAUGAAGGAACCUGUAAAUAGUUCACAGCGGCUUUCUCUUUCUGGAAGAGCAGCGAACGGUAGCCUGAGGCAGGGACCGUGAGGAGCGGCGACAUGGAGUGGGUUGCUGGACUAGACAUUGAUUAUGCAAACCAUGCAAAAUGCAGAGACUAGAGAAGUCUACAGAAGGCAGGCGUGAUGCUGGCGCGUGUUUUACGAUAGCGGGAUUGCUGCGUCAUGGUUGGUGCGGUUGUGAAUGAAGAUAGAAAAGUGCGGGUGCUGUGGACAUUCCAGAGACCCCAAGAUUUAUACAGCAGCAAGAUUUCCGUGCGCCCGUAGGUUACCAGCAUGAAUGUACUGCUCGGAAGAGCGAUCUCUUCUUCUGUUGGCAGUGCUGACAAGUAGGAUACAAGCCAGCAUUGUUUCGUUUCAUGGUUCGAUGUCGUUGGGUGCAGCCUGAUGUUUUCAUUUUGUCGCUCUUGGCACUGCUCAUUUCAAGCGUUCGGUUGCAGUUGAUUUAAUGUAGUCUGAAGUUCGAAGAGCACUAUAUGAUCGUUACGUUAGGGAUGUCGGGGCAGCGGCUGCUCGGUUAUAUUUGAUACUGGUUCGGGUUUCGAAUUUCUCAAAUCCGCUGAGUUCGGUGAUCUGCAGCUUGUUGUGGUGGGUGGUUUUCUUGGAGGGGAUGGUGAAGACUGUCUGGUUCUUUAGUGGAGUUGGCUUCGUAGCUGGUACUGCGUCUGGCAUAGCUUCCUCUAGAGUAGGAUCAAUAGUUUCAAGUAUUUGGAAUUUCUUUAGCUUUUUAGGUGGGGCAUGACCUUGGUGAAGCUGGUAGCAUGGGUGGCGAUGGAAAUCAUGUGUGCCCUUGAGCUGUGUAAGGGUAACGAGGGCGUUUAGUCAGGAUCUUGUUUCCUUCAUUUCUGAUCAUGUACCUGUACCGUAGAUACAUUGUAUGAACAUUAUGUGUGUUUGCAGUUGAGAAGCUUUAGCCUAGUAGUUGGAAGUUGUUGGUCCAGUCUUCAAAUAUAUAGUGCGGAAACGAACCGUGUAAUUGUAAUUUAGUUCAACAUAAGAUGCUGCUGUAGGUGAUACGUUGUAUAUCAUUGUAUAGUUAGCAGGCUGUCGGUCUUGGCUCAUUCUUGCACUGUUGCAAGUCUGACCAUUUCCUUGACUUUUGUGUAACCGAGGCUCCUUAGUCAAAAAGCUAUAAUGCUGUGAAGUUCACUUUCUUUAACGGAUCA